AUGGAGGGGAUGGAGGAGAUAGAGGGGAUAGAGGAGGGGCAUGGGGCGCCCCCCCCGCGGUCGGAGCUGGCGGCCGCGGCCGCCGCGUUCCUGCGGCUGGGGGAGGAGCGACCCCCAGCGGCCGUGAGCCUCCUGCAGCGCAAGGGGAGGCAGGAGUGGAGACCCCCCCCCCGCGAGGAGGAGCCCAGGAAGGGCCCUACCAAGGCCCGAGAGGGGGGGGGCUCCCUCCGCCGCCCCCUGCGUGUGGGGUUCCUGACGCUGCCUGCCCCCCAAGAACGGGGUCCCCGUCCCUGCACCCCAGGCAUGGCCCCACGCUCCCUGUCCUGCCACGCUGUGGGGCUGCCCCAUAGCCCCCGCUCCGGACCCCCCGACGCCCGAUGGGAGGCGCCACCGGCCAAGAGGGGGGGAGCCCCACGUGGGGGCUGCGUGCGUCAGACCCCCCCCCUGAAGCCCUCCCGGAGCCCCCAGACCCGUCUCUCUGCCCCCCCCGCCCCCCCCAGCACCUCGGAUGGGGGAGGGGGGGGCCCGGAGGGGGAGGAGCCUGUGUACAUAGAGAUGGUGGGGGACGCGCGGAGGGGCGUGGCCGGGGGCGUGGCCAAGAGGGGAGCCCCGCCCCCUGCCCCGCCCCCUCCCCCCGAGGAGCCCGAGGCCAUCUAUGAGGAGAUGAGCUGCCCCCUCCCCCCGGCGGAGGACGGAGGCCACGCCCCCUUCGCUCGCCCCGCCCCUUUGCAUGGACACGCCCCCUUCGGAGGCCACGCCCCUUUCUCUGGCCACGCCCCCAUCCCCCCUCCCUUCCCCAACCUCCUCACGCCCCGCCCCCCGCUGCUGGCCACGCCCCCCGAGGGCUCGCGCCUGCCCCUCCCCCGCCGCGAGGCCCCGCCCCCGGCCCGCGCGCGCAGCCACUCCACGCCCCUCCCGCCCCCGCCCCCCUCCUCCUCCCUCCACCAAUCAGCGGCCGGCAGGGAGCGGGGGGGGCGGGGCUAAGCUCCUUGCCCCUCCCACCGGCCCCGCCCACCGCCGCCGAGGCCCCGCCCCACCCCAAGCGCCCUCCGGCCUAUGAGAGCCUGCGAGGGGGCGUGGCCUCGGCUAGCCCCGCCCCCCGCGAGGAUGACCCCGCCCCUCGGCGCGCAGGCUCCGCCCCCAACCGGCGUGGGAAGGAACCAGACCGGACGGCGGAGCCCCCCCCCCUCGGGGAUCCCGGUGCGGGCAGAGGGGUCACGUGGGGGUCGCGGGGGUCACCCCCUCCCCUGCCAGACCUUCCCUGCCUGCGGGAGACUGACAGACUCCCCCCUCGGUCACCGCUUGGGCCGCUCCGCCUCCACUUCCGGUGUGCGCCACGCGGGGGCCCCCCCCUUCCCUCGCCCCCCCCACCCAGCGGCUGUUCCAUCCUCCCUCCCCCCCCCCCCCCCCACCUUGCGGCUGGUGAGGAAUAACACUGAAAUUGAGUGA